AUGUCGCAAUCAGCAUGCUCUACUAAUGAUAUGGCCGACAACAUCAGAGGCAUUGUACACUACAGUGGCUCUACCGGUACACCGAAUACAACCCAGUACGAUCCUGUGGAUGACUGUCUUGAUUUCGACAUGGACCUUCUUGUUCCGCAUGUUGCUCUUGAUGUGCCCGCGACUCAUCUUUACGAGGAGAAAGAGGACGUUGGUCUGUCCUUUGGCGCGGACGGUACCAUCAAGUGGACGGUCAACGAUUCUUCCCUCCAGGUUCAGUGGGGCGACCCGACUGUUGUGCAAAUUCUCAACAACGAUACCGACUUUGAUACGUCACAGAACCUCAUACGGCUUGAUGAGGCUAACGAGUGGGCCUACAUCAUCAUCGAGACGACCCUCAAUGUUGCUCACCCUAUCCACGUCCAUGGCCAUGACUUCUUCAUUCUAGCCCAGGGAGAUGGACUGUAUAGCACGGAUACCGCACUUAAACUGAGCAAUCCUCCUCGCCGUGACGUUGCUAUGCUUCCAGCCGGUGGUCAUCUUGUACUCGCUUGGGUCACCGACAACCCAGGGGCUUGGCUUGUGCACUGCCAUAUUGGAUGGCACACGGUGUAA